UAUUGAAUUGGAAACUGCCAAAGUUAUGUGUGAAAUAGGAUAGAAUGUUGUUUUGUAUACAGAAAGCUGGCAUUGCCUUGCUUCGUGGUAUGGUGAGUGUGGUGAAAAGGCAUAGGACAGUGUAUGGAUGACAGUGCAUCUGUCAGUAGUUGGUUUAACUUCAUUCCCUUGAUUUAUAGGCUUGCUUACAUGGCUUUUUACCGAAUUUUUUUUCCUGUUUACUUGUGUUCCUUUUAAUAGGAAAAAGUAUCUAGCCUGCUGUGUUUAGUCACAGAACAAGCUUUUGUCAAUUUCAGCUACUAUUGUAAAAUUCAGAACUUAAAUUCUGAGAAGCAGUUUAAUAUGCAAACACCUGAAAACAGGUUAUGUAUGAUGUUUCUACUCAUAGAAGUUUCUACUCAUUACUACUCAGUAAUAAAACAUCCUAUAUUAUAUAAACUAUUCUGGUUUGGGCAUUUGAUUAAAUGACUGGUAAAAGUGAGGAAUCUUUAUAAGUUCCCUUUCUUGUGACUUUUCAUUUUGUGUAAUGUAUGCUACCARUUCCAUUACAGAACUAGAAUUCAUUGCCAGUUGAAUUCUGAGGUUGGUAGUUGUGACAGCAUGCCCAGGGCAUACUGCUGACAUGCAUACCCCUUCAGAAAGUGGUUUUGUUCCAGCUCUGACAAUGAAAAUGGUAUCAGGGUUGCUGUGAAAGGGAAAUAUUCAUAGUGCUAUGGUGCAUAGUGAAAGGGAAAUAUUCAUAGUGCACUUGAUAAGUAACAAGUCUGAUAAAAAAACAAAAGGACUAGAAAAGGAAAAACCACAGGUUUGAUUUGCAAGAAUGUAAAAGGCCACAGCAAGGGAUGCAGUAAGAAACUGGUGCUAGAGACCACUCUAUCUGCUCAGAUAUACACAAUAUAUAUAAAAACAUAUAUAUUUCAGGUUGCCCCAAAAACAUGGGCUGAGUGCUUUCCUGGGCAGGACUAUUGCUGUCAAAAACCCAACUUGUUUUGUUUAUUCAGAACAAUUACAAGUUUGUCACAAGGGAAAAAGGCCUGUGAUCAUACAAUGUUUUGUAAAUCAUUCAUCUAUAUAUUUUUUUCUUCCUUUCUAGCACAAAUAAAAAAAAUGGAAGAAAAUAAGAAAAAGAAGAAACCACCAGAACAGCAAGAUUUACCAGAAGCCUUACUAGAAUAUCAUAUUGCGGCAAAAGAAGUGGCAAUUGUGCGGGUUUUGGUUCAUCUGGAAGAAUUGGAAGUGAAGGUCAAAGAAAAUAUUAAAAGAAAUGUGGUUCUGAAGGAAGAACAGAAAGCACUUAUCAGGCGCUUAGUAAGACAGCUAGAUGAAAAGGAGGAAAAGCGAGAUGAGAAGAAGGUUGUAACUAGGGAUGAUGUGGAAGAGUUACUGAAAGAGGUUUUUCAGUUUGUGAAGGACAAAGAACAAGUUCUUCAAGAUGUGCGCUCCCAAAUUGAAGCAACUAAGCAAACAAUUUUAGAAAAGGAGCGUGAGAGAGAUUAUUGGUUGGAGUACAAAAAUGUUGGAAGUAAAAUAAAUGAUGAGAAGAUCAGCAGUCUGGAAAAAGACAUCGAAGAAGUCAAAUCUGAACUUGAAAAAACUGAAGAAUAUUAUAGAGAAGCUAUGAAGCUGGUGAGAGAAGAAAAUGCGAGAAUGUUUGACMGGCACAUGAAGUUACUCAGUGAGGAGGCCCUUAAGAAUGCUGUGGGRUACUUAGACAAACACUGUCGCAGAGAGAUUGAAGAGAAUGUGUGGCUAAAAGAAGAGGUUGAGAUCUACCGAAAGGAAGAGAGUGAUUUGAAAGCUUGUGUCCAGCUUCUGGAAGAAGAAAACACCAAUUUAGUGGCAAAASUGACUGAUAUCAAACUUCAGCAGCUGAAAGUACAGGGGCAUUUGUUUCUUAGAAAGGAAGCCGGAUUGCAAGAACUUCCUAAGGAUAAAAUGAAAACAAGAAAAUACRCAGCAAAGACAGCUGGAAAGAGCCUCAGAAGUACCUUUCCAAAGAUUCAAUCUAAAAGAGAUAAYGAGAAGCGUCGAGACAGUGAUGAAGAGCUAUGGGAAAAAUUCUUCUCUCCUGCCCUGGACAGCUUGUUGGAUGAAGAUGGAGAAGAUUUGCAGGCAUACUCAAAACUGGGACCUCUGAAGAGAAAGCUGUAUGUGGUUGGAAAAGCUGUGCCUAUUUAUAAGGAACCAGAAGAAAUGCCAAGCACAAGCGACAGAGAAGAUGACACUGUUGGUAAACCAGAUGGGCAUAUCACAGCUAGGAUGAUCAAGGCCUUAUUUAAGGAAAAUAUUGAUGAAAACUAGACAAGCUGUCCUGUUGACACAGAAAUGCAACAUUCUCAAUUCAUUAAAUAUUUGCUCUCUUCUGCGCGGCAUGGGGCUUUGAGGAAACUAUUUUAGAGUGCCUGAAUCAUGACUAUAAGUUUCAUGAGAGGUAUAUCUGUGUGCAGAGGCUAAUUGAAAGGUUCCUUUCCUUACGCUGAGAGAGGUCUUGUGCACUCUUUGGGGUCCAUGUAGCAGCACAUAUAUCUACUGAAAGAGCCAAUCUAAUAUUUAGAUUGUGUGGUCUCCACUUGCAGACUGUCAGAUGUGGAAUUCCCUCUUGAUCAGACACUGAAUGGAUACGUGAAGGCUGCCAUAAAACAGAACUGUUACAAAAUACUUAAUAUUCUGGUAAAGCAGAAUUAACUUCCGUAAACAUAAUUCAACUAUUGCUACAAAUUGUGUGUUUGAAUGCAUUUUAUCUGUCUCCAUAAGACCCCUACUUAAAUGCAUUGAAAUAGACAUAAAUUAAUUAGAAAAAUGAAAGCAAGCAUAAAAAUCUCUAAGGUCUUAAAUAUUUUGUUUGCUUAGAUUGGCCAAAUGUAUUGUGUAAACUCAUAUCUUUGGUUUGCGGCUGAUCUCUAUGAACAUGCAUCUUAGCACAUUGAGGCAGUGGGGGGGGGGAAUUUCCCUCUGGACACCCUCUCAGCAGCACACAACAGUUCCUUCCCACAUGUAGGCUCUGGCCCAUGCAUUUCCUCAUUAGAAACUUGUGAAAACAUUGAAUUAUCUGAUUUAAACCCUUGACAGGUUAAUCAGUUGUUUGGAAUAAAGCUUUUUAAAA